GCAUGCACCAGUCCAGCCUGUGCCUAUCUUCUUCCUCCUGUUCCUCUCCCCAUUCCCCUCCUCUCUUGUCAAGAACCCUAGCCGCCGCACUGCUGCUGCUGCUCCACAUCGUCGACCGCACCCCUGCUGCUACACGUCCACGUGCUGCCGCCCCUGCUACUCGAUCCCCGGCGACGCCCCUGCUGCUACUUCUCAUCGUCGGCAGGAGCUCCAGCCGGCGCCGCCCCCACCAGCAAGCGAGCAUGGCGGCGGUGACCAUGCUGGAGGCCACUUGAAUCGCAUCCCCGAGCACCUCUGCCGAAGAUUUGAAGCUCCCCCACUGCAAUGUCAUCCUCGGCCCCGAAAUCUCCAUAAAGAAGAUUCCCUAUGAGCACAAUUGCCCUACUACAAAGCUUGUAGACAGCAAAAUGGCAACACAAAGUUGGAUUGCAGAGAAGCUUGUUGAUUGGGUGAAGAAAAACCCAGGAGAGGGAGCAAAGGCAGCGAAAACUAAGUUGGAGGGUGACUUCAACUUCAAGCUGAAGUAUUCCAAGGCUUGGGAAGGUAUGAAGAUAGCUCUAGAAGAAAUGCAUGGUAAAUAUGAGGAUAGUUUUCAGUUGUUGUUCAAUUGGAAACAGAGAUAGAGAAGAGAUGCCCUGGUAGUAUUGUUGAAAUUGAUUUGGUCAAGGAAAAAGAUAAGUACUAUUUCAACAGAGUCUUUGUAGCUUUCAAACCCUGCAUAGAUGGUUUCUUAGCUGGAUGUCGACCAUACAUAGGAGUAGAUGCAACUGCACUGAAUGGCAAAUAUGUUGGUCAAUUAGCAUCAGCGACCGGAGUUGAUGGACACAUCUGGUUGUAUUAUGUAGCAUAUGCCAUAUUUGAUUCAGAGACUAUAGAAAACUGGGUAUGGUUUAUGCAGCAGCUGCGCAGGGCUGUAGGAUGUCCACCAGGGCUAGUAAUUUCCAGUGAUGCUUGCAAGGGACUAGAAAACGCAGUUGAAAAAAUAUUCCCCAAGUGCGAAUAUAGGGAGUGUAUGCGGCAUUUAUACCAAAAAUUUAUGAAGAAAUUCCAUGGUAAAGUGUACACAGACCAUUUGUACCCAGCUACUAGGGGAUUCACAGAGCACAAAUUUAGAUGGCAUAUGCAGAAGAUAUUUGAGGCAGAUCCAAGUGCCAUAGAGUACCUUGAGAAACACCAUAAUAGGAUUUGGUAUAGGUGCGCCUUUGGUGUGGAUAGCAAGGUUGAUUAUCUCACUAACAAUAUUUCUGAAAGUUUUAACAAGCAAAUCAAAGAUUUGAAAGGGUUAAAUUUGUGUGAGCUACUGGAUAGGAUUAGAGAGCUAAUAAUGGUGAAGUUUAAUGUGAGGAGGCAUGUUGGUAGGUAUUUGGCUGGCAUAAUCUUGCCCGAGGUUCUCAAGAGGCUCAAUGCACUCAGUAAAACAAUUGGGCCCCAUAAAGUGGCGUGGAAUACAGAACAUGAGGCAGAGAUUACACUAUAUGAUGUGAAAGCAUAUGACCAGAGGCACACGGUUGAUCUAAAACAGAGAACAUGCUCAUGCCGGAAAUUUCAAGUUUCUGGGCAGCCAUGCAUUCAUGCAUUGACUUUCAUUUGUUCAAUGAGGGGUGCAAAUAUUGAGUCAUUUGUUGAUGAGUAUUACAGUGUGGCAAAAUUUCAGGCUGCUUAUGCUGGGGCAUUGCCAACCAUGACAGAUAGGACACAAUGGGAGCAAGUUGACCUUGGAUUCAUGGUUUACCCACCUGUACAAGAGAAAAGGCCACCUGGAAGGCCUAGGGUUCAAAGAAUUAGAGGAUUUCUUGAAGACCCAGGCAGGAAAGUAGUGAAAUGCAAAAAAUGCGGUCGAAAUGGCCACUUUGCGAAAACUUGCAAUCUCCCUCCUUUAGUUAUUGCAGAACCACCACCAAUGGAGCACACUCCUACUAAAAGAGAGAGAGAUGCUACUGCAACCGAGGAGGAAGUUGUGGAAGAUGACGAACCUAUCGCAAAUUAUAAAAGACAGAAGACUCCUGUCAAGAAGAACACGCCGGUCAAGAAGACAACGCCGGUCAAGAAGAAGACGCCGGCUAAGAAAAUGACGCCGGUCAAGAAGAAAAAGACGUCGGUCAAGAAGACACCGGUUAAGAAGAAGACGCCAGUCAAGAAGAAGACUCCGGUCAAGGGGAAAGGCAAGCAAAGUGAAGGUACCGGAAAGGAGAAAACUGCAGGGAAGAAGAGCAAAAAACUGCAGUUUGUUACACCAUCUACUAGUGAUGCUGUUCUCAAGCCAACUCUAGGAACUAAGAAAAAUUUGCUUUAUUGGCUUGGGGGCUGAAUUUGCUUGAACUGGACCAUGUAUGUGUAUGUGAUGCUCAAACUGGAGCUUCAACCUCUGUGUGUGUGUGUGUGUGUGUGAUGCUCAAACUGGAGCUUGAACUUGUAUGUGUGAGGCUCAAACUAGAGCUUGAACUUGUGUGUGGGAUGCUCCAACAUGAGCUUUAAGACUAUUUUGGUUCAUCUACUGUUGAUGCUCAAAAUGGAGCUUUAAGACUA